ACAUCUGCUCAAAACAUCUGCUCAUGUUCUUCAACUUCCCUCCACUCGUGAAAUGUCAGCUAUCACAAGACAAGAACCACGUCGACUGACACCGACAAGUCAACGAGCGAUGAGUCUGUGUGGAGUUGUGCUGCUGUGUAUCGUGUGUAUCCAUCAAGUGCGCAGCAGUGAGGAAUACAUCACUGGUUACAGUGGCCAAUCAGUCGUCCUGAAAUCUGGAGCAGACAGAUCAUGGAACCUCAGCAGAGUUCAGUGGUCCAUUUAUCAGAACACCACAUUCAUUGCGGGUCUAAAGGAUGGUGAAGUGAUUAUUUACAAGUUUUGGAGACAUGAGGGUCGACUUGACUUCAGCAAUGAAACGGGAGAUUUAACAAUCCGCAAUGUGACAGUAGAGGACAGCAUGACAUACAACGUGGCUUUGGUCAAAUCAGAUGGCUCGCGGAGCCAAUCUAAAGUUCAUCUCACAGUUCGAGCGAGACCAAAAGCUGUGCUGAAGGUGACUCCAGAUGAGCGUGUGUUCAGAGGAGAGACAGUCACUCUCACAUGUGACAUACAGGGAGCAGGACACACUCAGUGGAGUUACAGCUGGUUUAAAGAUGGAUACCUUUUCUAUGAAUACACAACAACGACAGCAGAGAUCAGUUUCACAGCUGAGGUGUCUCACAGUGGUGAAUACAGCUGUAGAGGAGACACACACUCACAGAGAUCAUCAGACAUCAGUGCUGCUGUUACACUGACUCUAUCAGAUUCCCCCAGAUCUACACUGACUGUGACUCCAGACAGUCCUGUAUUCACUGGAGAGACAGUCAAUCUGAAGUGUGUGAUUGAGUCUCACAGUAACUGGAGAUAUGAGUGGUAUAAAGACACAGACGGUGUAAUGUUACAGACGUCUGAUCGUUACACUGUAAACAGAGACACUCUCACUAUCAGAGGAGUAAUUAUAUCUGAUCAGGGUCAGUACUGGUGUAGAGGACAGAUAAGAUCAGUCUCAUCUCAAUCAAGCUCUGCUGUUUCUCUCUCAGUGAAGGAUCUGAAGCCAAAGCCUGAACUCACAUCAGAUCCUGCAGGAGCUGCACUGACAGGAAACACAGUGACUUUGAUCUGUCACAUGAAUCCAGCCACUGGAUGGGACUUUUACUGGUACAAACACACACUGAACUCUGAGACAAAGACACACACAAACUCCUACAGAGUGAAGAUUGAUUCAGUGUCUGCUGGAGGCCAGUACUGGUGCAGAGCUGGAAGAGGGAAACCAGUCUACUACACACAAUACAGUGAUGCACUGUGGGUAAAUGUUACAGUGAGUCCUAAAGCUGUGGUGACGGUUCGACCUGAUGAACAAGUGUUCAGAGGAGAAACAGUCGCUCUUAGAUGUGAUAUAAAGUGGGGAGGAGACACUGAGUGGACGUUCAGAUGGAAAACAGAGGGAACAAACUACCAAAAUAACUCAAUUUCAACACAAGAGCUGAACAUCAGCAGUGUUAAAGACUCUCACAGCGGUAAAUACAGCUGUAGAGGAGAGAUGGGAACACAACGCUCUCAGGGCAGUGAUGCUGUUACACUGAAUGUAUCAGCUGAAGCUCAGGCAGCAGUGCGAGUGUCUCCACAGCCGUGGCUGACUGAAGGAGACUCAGUGACUCUGAUCUGUGAGGUUACAGGCUCCUCUACAGGCUGGACGUUCAGCUGGUUCAGAGAUGAUGAUCGUCUGUCAGACAGCAGCAGAGAAGCUGGAGGCUCUUACACUCUCAGUCCUGCUGCUCUACAGCACACAGGAGUUUAUACGUGCAGAACAGAUAGAGGACGGCCGGCCUAUUACACAAAGACCAGUAACACACAGACACUGUGGAUCACUGGUCAGGGGUCGCCGGUCUCUCUGGUGGUCCGUCCCAGCAGAAGUCAACACUUCUCGUCUGACUCUCUCUCUCUGAGCUGUGAGGAUCAGAGGAACUCUGCUGGAUGGACAGUGAGAAGAUAUACAGACAGAAACACAGAAGAUUGUUCAAAACAAACAGGAUCUACAUGUCGACUCGUCUCUCUCAGCACAUCUGACUCUGGAGUUUACUGGUGUCAGUCUGAAUCUGGAGAGAAACGUCAUCCUCUCAACAUCACUGUGCACCAUGGUGAUGUGAUUCUGGAGAGUUCUGUAAUCACUGCAGAUACUCUUGAGUGA